CCUCCUACUCCUUUAGGGCCUGUGCUCAGCCACAGAGAGUUAUUAGUGUGUGUCCUGUGUUAGCUACUUUUAAAAAGCCUGCUUUCCUUACGUCCCCUGCUCCCUUUCUGGACAAGCUGAAAACAAGCAGUCUUUGCGGCUCCAAAUCUAUGACUCCACCUCCUGCAGCAGCAGUUUCACUUUUGAACGGUCUCGGCUCCAGGAAGUGGCAGUUAUUCCAGGAGGAUCAGCAGCAGGUAGGGGCCCUGGGUCUUCCCACAGGCCCAGGAGGGGCCGGCAGGUGAGAGAAGUCUUCAACCUCUGGAGGCCAAUCCCAGCCAGAUCCUGGUACGCAGGCUCAGGAGAGGUGAUUUCCAUCCCUGUGGAAAUUCUCCUUACUCUUCUUCACCUCUAAAUCCAACAUUGCUGGUACUUGGGGAAAGCUAUGGCCUCAACGAUCAUCACCAAGAAGAUUAAAGAGAUUGCCACCUGCUCCAUCUGCCAGAACCUGAUGAUGAACCCAGUUAGCAUCACCUGCGGACACAGCUUCUGCCAGAUGUGCUUGGAGCAGCACCUUUACAAGGUGCAGCUCAGUCAGGGGAAGAAUAUAUUCUGUCCUCUGUGUCAUUCCCCAUUCAAUAAAGACAGCUUCCGGGCCAACAGGCAUCUGGAAAGCAUCAUUGAAGUCUUUGAGGAGAUGGACCAUGAGUUGCAGUGUGAGGCCCACGGAGAGCAGCUCCAGCUCUUCUGCGAGGAUGAUGGCCAGCUCAUCUGCUGGCGCUGUGAGCGGGCACCACAGCACCAAGGGCACACCACGGUGCUGGUGGAGGACGUGUGCCAGGGCUACAAGGAAAAGCUCCAGAAAGCUAUAACAAAAUUGAAUGAACUCCAUACAGAAUGUAUGAACCAGAAAGCAUUUGUGGCAACACAGAUAACUGAGUGGCAGGAUACAGUAGAGACUCACAGACAAAAAAUCAAGUCUGACUUUAAGAAUCUCCAUAGUUUUCUGCAUGAGGAGGAGAAGUCUUUUCUUUGGAAGCUGGAGAAAGAAGAAGAGCAGAUACUUACAAAACUAAGGGAGAGUGAGGCAAAGCUGGAGCGGAAGAGUGAUGAACUUGAGGAACAUAAGGUUGAGCUGGAGGCAAAAUGUCAGGGCUCAGACCAGAACCUGUUGCAGGAUGUGAAAAGCACCUUGAGCAGGACUUGUGCUGUGAAGCUGGAAACACCCGAGGCCUUUACCUUGGUGAUUCAGACUGUGUGUGGUGUUGCAGAGCAUUAUUUGGAUGUGAAGAAAAUAUUAAGACGUCAUCAAGUUAGCGUGACUCUGGACCCAACUACAGCUCAUCCUGCCCUGAUUCUGUCUGAGGAUCGGAGACAAGUGUCUCGGGGAUGCAGCCAGCAGAAUGCUGAAGUCUCUUCCAGGAGAUUUACAGCCUUCCCCUGUGUGCUGGGCUGUGAGGGCUUUAGCUCAGGAAGACACUUCUUCGAAGUGGAUGUUGGAGAAGGAACAGCUUGGGAUGUGGGAGUCUGUAUGGAAAAUGUGGAGCGGGGCCUCAACAUGAAGCAGGUACCUGAGCUUGGAUUCUGGACCAUCCGACGGUGCCCAGAGAAUGGCUAUGUAGCACUGACCUUUCCCCUCACUGCCCUUAAGCUGCGUGAGCGCCCCCUGGUGGUGGGAGUUGCUCUGGACUAUGAGGCUGGAGCUGUGUCCUUCUACAACAUGACCUCUGGCUCCCACAUCUUCACCUUCCCCAAGGCUUCCUUCUCUGGUACUCUGCGGCCCUAUUUCCAGGUUUAUCAGCAUUCACCUUUGUUCCUGCCUCCAUGUGAGCGAAAAGAAGGAGCCCAAGCAGAGGAUUCCCGGAGUCCACAUGAUACAAAGGACUGGCGGGGAGGACACCACCCGAAUCCCGCUGCAGAACCCUGGGGAAAGCGAAGGCUUUUCCCAGACCCCAGCGCUGGACAAGAUGACAGCCUGGAACCACCUAAGCGCCAAAGGACCCUGUCUGCUGCCCUAACCCUGCCCUGCCCAGACCCCAUCCAGCCCUAAACCAGCCCCGUCCAUCUCUGUGGCCAUUGAGACCUCUCACCCACAUACUGCUUGCUUCCUAGAGUUGCAGAGUGACGGACUAUCCUUGGUGAACCUGACUGCUCCCCUGAUGGGUCUCUGCAAGAGCCUGAGGCCAGGGGACCAGGUUGCUUUCUUACAGGAACAGGACCUUGCCUAUGGAAGACUCUAACUGUAGAAGCACAAGAACAGUGUGAUAGAACUACUCACACUCGAUCUACUCACUUCUAAGGCUGAUAUGUGACUGAAUUUGUUCCAGAUAUUGUUUACAGAUUCAAAAGGUAACAAGGACACCCAAGGAAGAACGUGUCCCCAAACCCCGCAGAGAAUCUGAAGAAUGUUUGUAUUUUCUCAAUGCUAGUUCUUAAUAGAAAUAUAAGAAAGGUCACCUACAUGAAAUGCAAGAUCACAUGACUUAAGUAGAGGGUCAAAGAAGCUCAGUAUCAUUCCAUUGCAGUCUCCUUGGCUUUUAUAUGCGAUCUCUUCUAACUGAUUUAAUUUCAGCUCUGUAGAUUUCCAUACCAGAGGCCAUGGCAUAGAGUAAAGCCUGUGGAGCCCGCAGCACACACCACAGUGCAGGAUCUGCUACUCCAUGCACUGCAGAGUGUACACUGCAGGGCUGCUGGCUCCCCACUUGGUUCCUAGACUGGGAAAUUUUAAGACCUCUCCACUUGGCUGUGUCUCCCUUAUUUGAAGUCUAAUGGCCCCAAGUACCUCUCUGGUGUGUGCUUUCCUCUCCUCCAUGGGUCCUCUUCACAGUCUCCAUGAGAUAUUCCCAAUUCCAACAGUAUCCAAGUGCUCUGAAGUUCUCUUGCAUAGGCUUGAGACUUACAGGUUCCAGUUUUGGGUUCUCCCACAUCCUCAAUCAUCAUUAGCAGUUUGAUUAGUGCUGCCACUUGGGAGUAAGUGAUAAGUGACUGUUGCCUUGUUUGUCCAGAAGUUUCUGUUAUCAUCAGUUGUAAAUCUCUUUGCAUAAUUGUUAAGCAUUUCAGUUUCUUCAUGUAUAGUCUGCCAGAUGACACAUCUCAUCAUGUUUUCUGUUUCCUAUAUUUUCUUAGUAAAUUUCACGUAUAAUAGUCACGAUACUAAUCAUUCACUGUUUCCCAAUAUUUUAAGUAUUUUUACACAAGAAUGUUUGUGUUUUUGUAGAGCAUUAACUAAUUGAGAAAUUUUUCAUUUAAUGUAAUAAAAUCAUUAAUUUCUCCCUUC